UGUUUCGGCAUUAAUGGUCGCGAAGCCUCAGUGAGAGCAAAAACAGCUGUUUUAUCGGUUGAUUAAGGAUAAAGUUAAACACGAUUAGCUAUUCAAGACUGAAAUGAGCAGUGGACAAUCCGUUGGCCAAGAUGGGCCGGCAACUCAAGCACAAAAUGAACUGUCAGAUAGGCGAAAUUCUACUGAACUGGCCUCGACGCGAAGGAGAAGAAAGAUCUUCUGGGUGAGCAUCGUGUGUUGGCUGAUGAUUUUGUGCGUAACAGCUAUUAUAAUUAUAGCUGUUGUACACUUUCAAAACUCUAAAAGCGACAUAGAUCAGAUGAGUGCAGGCGCUCUUAUUGGAUUUGGAGUGUUGCUUAUUUUUGUGCUUUUGUGGUCGGGUGUAAUUUACUUCAAGUUUUAUCGUUCGAAAUCGAGAAGGGAUCCGCAACAAUACAGACCGAGCCGAGAAGAGUUUGUAGCCUUUGCCUCAAACGAGAUCGUUUCAAGAGGAGUUAGUUCAACAAUUUCUACAAAUAAUUCUGCAACGUAUAGUCGAUCUACUAAUAGCUCAGCCGAAGGGAUUAAUCCUGAACGUAUUAUAUAUCGCGAACGACGCUAUGACGACGAGCGACGUUACAACGACGAACGACGAGUUAUCGAUCAGGCCGUGGAAACGCCAAUCAUGACUUCGAUUCCAAGUGCGUCUAGAAUGACACGAGAAUACAUCGAUCGCCAACUUGCUCUUGUCGGGAGAUCACAUGCAACACAUCCUCCUGAACGCCAACGAACUGAAGCCGAACGCCCACGAAUUAUCGUCGACUCCAAUCGUGCUCCUCCUCGUCAACAUCAUCGGCACUCAGUUCCAAUGCCUCCACCAUAUCAACCACAGGUAGUCCCUUCAUAUAGAGCAUCAGCAAGUUUACCCGCGGGUACCCCACCACCUGCUUAUGACAGAGUCUGUGGCAGGAGGAACCGACGCGAGUCGACGGCGUCAGAAGACAGCCAGUGUCUGAGUCCUCCGGCUUAUCAGUCGCGUCCUCCAUCACCAUCAGGUGGGAUAUCACAGGGGGUAGAUACCACCAACAUGUACCUUAAUCUACCUUCCCAACGACCAAGACUGGUGGUCGGUCGCCCUGUUUCCAUGCAAUUUCCUGUUGAAAACAUGAGACGCUAUGAAGUAGCGACGAGCCAACCACGUCAGCAAUUGUCACUACCAUCAACUGGCAGAAUUUUGUCAGAAAAUGCCAUUUAUCCUGUGCCAUCGAGAGCAAGGCGAGUUUCGCCUCCUGCAAUACAAACUACGGCAAUCACAUCAAUGGCGCCCUACCAUCAACCACAACACAGAUCAUCAGCAUCUCCACAUUACCAUGUAUCACCCCAUCUGCCAAAUUCAGCAUCACUUCCCCCCCUUGCCCUUGCACGGGGCCCACCAUCAAGUCCAACACACCAGCCUGUUUCACCACCAUAUCCUACAGCGCAUGUACCAUUUUCUCUCCCUGUCUUAGCUUUAGGUGCUCCAGAAAGCACGUCUCGGCUUUCGCUUACGUCAAACCGUCCUCCUUCUCCAAUACAAGAAGCUACUGAAGACAAUCAGGAAGAAAACGAGAACAAUAAAAUUGAAACGCCGCCAGCGGCGACAAGUGAAGUACGCAGACCUAGUGUCGUUCUUGUCUAUUUAUCACAAUCACCAGAGGAGGAUAUAAUCGUAUAAACGUAUAAGAACGUUGACAUUCCAAGAACCGUAUGAGCUUUUCUCUGUCGAAUCAAUGAGACUUAGGCUUGAGAAAAGAGGAAACGAAAUGAACUGCCUAAAAUAUCUAAAUGUGCUUUCAUUUUUAAAGAGCAACAAAGGAAACAUUUUGCGUAGACGUUGAGAUUUAAUGCAAUCUCGUACAUGAUAUAUAACUGUCUGCCUGCUUGCAAUAAAAUUGUUAUUAAUUAAUUCAUUCAAUUUUUAAUAUUUUAUUAUUUAUUAAAUCAAUGAUAAUUAUAAAGAACCUCUUAAUCAUAAUUGCACACUGUUGAAACAAGGGCUAUUAACGAAACGUUAAGUAUUACAGUAAUUAUUGCUAACUUCUUCUUAUGAAUGAAAUAUCUAAACGGUCGUGACGAUGAUCAAUACAACAAUUAUUACGUAACGGGAAAUUUGUUUAAGUUGGAUCAGAAGUAAAAUAUUACUGCAGUGAUUAAAAACCAGGAUUAACAGGCUUGACAAAAAAGGGCAAACUUUCGACUUACUCUACAUUACUUUGUCUAUGUACAAUUUAAAUUAUGCUGAAAUAAAA